UUUGUGUUCUCUUCCCAUAUGGAAGGUUUUGUCGCUGCUACUUUAAUCAAUGAUUGUAAUACAUUUCUACACUGAUAUUAACGCAGCAGCAAGAUAGAACAAGCUUGAACACGCCCGAGACCAAGUGGAUCACAUGAUUGUCUGCUGCUAAUGUUCACGUGACACUGGUUGCAAAGAUGGCGGAAGUGAACGCGUCAAACCAAAGUUCUCUCAGGACACUUUCCCCAUUAAUAUUUACUUGUUUAUUGAUUAGCUGCUGUUAUGGCCAAGUACCACUGGUUAUGUGGACGAGCGAAGGCAAUGCUCUGGCAUCUCUGGACCCUGCUGCUGUUGGUAAGAUGAUCUCUGCAGGGCAACUAAACUCGUACCUGACGUCUGCUCUGGCCACGGCACCCCACACUGUUCUGCUAUUUCUACAAGACAAAUUGAGUAUGGAGGACUUCACAGUGCGUGGUGGUGUCUAUGGAGACAAAGAGAAUGGAGCAUUCCCUAAACUACAGGCGUGUUUGAAGGCAGCCUCCUCCCCACUAGUCCUGCCAAGCUUAGCCAGAGGUGUGGCUGCAGAGGUGCCUGCUCUGCUGCAGGAAGCUCUGGGCACCCCUCCACUCUACACAGACCCCUCUAGCCUUGCCCAGCAAAUCCUGCUCACUGACCCCGCCCUGCUGGUCAUCGGUCUGCCUUACAGCUCAGGGAGCCAGACAAAGGAAGUGCUACAUAAGAAUGAUGAGAUUAUAGGCAAAGUGGCAGAGACUAUGAAGGCUAGAAAUGUGCCAUUCACAGCCAUCUACACUGGCCUCCAGCCCUCAAGGGUGAUUGAGGACUCUUCAGUGAUCAGUGGACCGCUGGUAGGCCGCUCCUUGCUCCAGUCACAAGAGACAGUGAAGCCCCCUGUGAUGUUCAACAACACCCAGGGCCCCUGCAUUCUGCUGUGGGCAGACACCCUGAGUGUCAGCAUCCUGCGGGGCUCCCAGGUGACCACGUUGGACCUGGCUCCUCUCACCUUCAUCCCCUCAGUGUCGCUGACCGGAUCCUCUUGCGGUGAAAACUCCUCAGUCCUUGUACUCAACUACAACAACGUCCUCAACUUCACAAGCCUUACACUGACCUUUGUGAUGACAAAGCGUUACUUCCCUGUGUCAGCACGGAAUUGGACACUGCUGGAGCAGGUCAGGCUAGUCUACGACGGCCAGGUGGCCACCUUUAACGGCAGUAGGGGCAUCUACUCACCAGCUGAGUACUCCUUCCAUUGCCAGUCAGUCAGCAGUACCCGUUACCCACUGCUGGUGCCCAACAAUGUCACUGACAAUACCCCGACGAUCCAGUUCACUGACUUCCAGAUUCAAGGCUUCAAUGUUACUGGGGACUUCUCAUACGCCAGUGACUGUGCAGCCUUCUUCACGCCGGGCAUCUGGAUGGGUCUCAUCACCUCCCUGAUUAUGGUGCUCAUCCUCACCUACGGCCUGCACAUGCUUACCCAGCUGCGCACCAUGGACCGCUUCCAGGACCCCAAGGGGCCCAGUCUCUCCGUGCCCCUCAGCGAGUGAGGCAGUGCGGCGCCGCUCAAGCUAACCUCCCUUUUGUUCUGUUUCUUUGUCUCUAGACAUCUCUGUAAGUCUCUCUCUUGAGCAUCGGGUUCUUUCUGCCUGGAUCUCUCUCUGUAUAUGUGAAUGUUGUUUUGCUACAGACUGUAGACUGUAAACUGGUUUGAGGAUCUGUUUUUUAACAGUGUCCACCUGUAGAUCAUUCCAUUCCCAGACCCCCAACCUGAUCCUCCUUUCUUCCUCGCCUUUGUCCUCAAUCAAAGUAAUAUUUAAUGUCUUAGUGUGUGAGAGUGUCUGAAUGUAAAGGUAUUUUUUUUUUUAGAGUACACACAUCCAGUGUAAAUCCUGUGAUAUCAUGUGAAAAUGCACUGUCAGAAUAUUUAAUUUAUACGUAUGAAGAUGAGAUAUGCCUCUUGUCUGUGCAUGCAGUCAGAGACUGCUUCAGUCUGACCCUUUAAAGUUGACCGCUCCUUCUGCUUCCUUGGUGACCCCUACUCAGAAUAGUUUUCUCUUGUUCUGAUGCUUCCACUGUUCUACCAGAGGCUUCCCUCAAUAUGUGUCUGUUUGCUUUUUCCUCUUGUGCCCGUCUUGCUUCUAUGGCCCUUGCAGGUCUUCCUGUUCAAAUAACGCCAAUAUUUGUAUGUUUGCCAUGGGUACAUUUAGCUUUAAGUUGUUCUGUAGGAUUCUGUAUUGCUGAUCGCAUGCCUCACCGAGUACCAAAUUUGAUUAACUGUAUACGAUCUGUAUAGGUGUUGCCAUGACCACGCGCAUUCAGUAUGUGAGCUAAUACCUGAUUCAAUCAAUAAUUAGGAUCACGCAUAUUAGCUGCACUGCUAGUUCUAUUUGAAUCCAGUGGAACAGUUCCAGACUGCAGUCAAUGUGAGAUGAUGGUAAUGAUGUUUUUCUGUGCCAAAUACCGUUCUUUCUCCUCUAGAGCCUGGUGCACUUCCUUUCCCCCCCUCAGUGCUGUAGCUGUAGUAGUCAGAUUGAGGGUUGUGCCUUUACAGGGUAAACGAUGUGCCUAUUUUAGUGUCUGCCACUAAAACUACUGCGUUUUUUGUUUUUGAUUGACCUUGGGGGGAACUUGCCAACUCCAGUUUGUUUAAUGAGCCUGAUUUAGCUAGAGAGGAGUGAAGAGUUUGUGUGUGUGUUUGUACGCACACACUUGCACAUGUACACAUUUAACUUAGUAGUUGUGUACAAUCAGCAGAACCUGACGUUUAUUAGAUCCACACACACCCACUCCCAGAGGAAUGCCAAAUUUAAAUACAUCUGCUUAUGUGCAUGAAGAUGCACACCUGCCUGAUCAUGUGUAUAUUGUAAGACUCCUCUCUACCACUGACUUACCCUAUGUGUGGAACAGGACUUUGGGAUUGAUAGUCAACUGUGACCGUGCCUUCUGUAUUGACAUUAGUAUUGGUAUGAACAUCAUUCCAGUCUUUGUUCACUGGGACUACUAGAGCUAAUAAAAGGUAUUUUGUGGUUUUUGAAAACAUUUUUCUUUUGGGGAUCACACUGACCAGAUGCAAAUUAACAUAUAAUGGGGACAACUAUAGUUAAAUGUGGACUGCAGUUCUCAGUCAUCAUACCCUGUGAAAGACGUUACCUUUUGUCACUUAACACCCUGGAAAUGGAAAUAAAUUUACAUUCUACAUUUUAAAGCUGUAUGUACACAUUAUAACCCUCAUCAUCAAAGUCCAGAUCAAACACCAGCCCAAGUACCCAACCUGACAUAAAUUGUUUUGGUUUUGAUUACUUCAGAUUAAAACCAGCUGUUUCUUGAAAAUGCCACUACUAGUAGUAAGAAUUCAGCAUGGUUGGGAAAGUGCUUUCAAAAGGCCUCUGCAAUAAAGCAGAAGCACGUUAGAAGGCUAUAAAAAAAAUUCAAAGGCUUUAGCUAUCCCUCUGAGUACUGUUCAGAGCGUCAUUAAGAAGUGGUAAGCGUAUGGCACCACCACCAACACCUUGCAAUCCGUCCAAACUGAAUGACUGAGCCAGGAGGACACUGAUCAGAGAAGCUACAGUCUACAUACUUCUUUGGCUUCUGCCGUUGUCUUUGCCGGUUCCAUAUUCAUCAGCUUGUCAACAAAUACACGUGUACACUGUCCAUUAGGGCGUCUCGUAGUGCCAAUUUGUAUUUACACAGUGGUGUAAAAAUGAGUUACACUCGGCAUCUUUGAUGUAUUUGGAUAUGAUGGUUUUCUAUAGGCACUGUAACUACAUACCUGUAAGAUUAGGACAGACGUAUACUCUGGAGCCAGUUUAUUGGAAUUACGGCUCUAGAAUGCGUAUACACUGUGUAAACAGUAAUGAAACAACUUUGACUAAACAGACGAGAUUUUGUGAAAGCAGUACUUUUAUUGGUAAUUUGACUUGGGGCAGCAAGAUAGAUAAAUUGCCCAAAGCAGUCAUGUGGCCACAAUACUGUUCCUUCAUAUGGCAUAGCGCUUAAACAAAUUUAAUUCAACUUUUCCCACCCUAAAUUUUAUUAUUGUGCAAACAACAAGUGCAAAAUGUGCUAAGUGGUUUAGUGGCUAAAUGCGUUGGAUCUCUGUCAUUUUCCAUAUUAAUAAACAUUUGAAUUAU